CACAUAUACUCCUAACAUCUGAAACUUAGCUCUGUGAAACCUGCUGGCCCUAACUGCUUUAGCACAUAUGAUCAGUUGGCCCAGAAUGGGUUGCAGAAGGCCUUAGCCUUGGUAUGGGCAUCUAAUCAGGAUCUGUGGGAAGUUGUUCCUUGGCCCAGAGUUUCAGGUGACAUUACUUCCUUCAGUGAAAUCAUUUCCUUGUGACAACAAAGAUUUGUGCUGUGGACUUUAGGCUAGGAAAAAUUCUUAUGCCUAAAUUCGUGGCUCUCUUGAAACUUAGCAGAGUUCUAAUGAGACUUAGGGGAAAUGCCAAAAGCUGCUGCUUCUGCAGGGCCAGUGAUCGAGGACAGUUGUGGGAAUUGGUUGCAGAGCUCUGUUACAGAGAGGAUAAGAGCUAUAUCUGGCUUGGUUUAAAAAAAAAAAAGUAGCAGUGCAUUCUGGCAUACAGUGUUGACCUGAUUUUACCUGGUUUGGGGGUGAACUGGGAACCAGGAUCAGCAGUUUGACUCAAGAGUAUGUAAUACUUGAGCCAGAAAAGAGUUAUUGUCCAAAGGAAUUUCAAGGAGAAUUAUAGCUAUUUUUAUACACAGAGUCUUUCUAAGGUCUUAAAAUACUUAAAAAGAAAUAAGUAUCAAAUAAAAUAUGCCAAUAUAGCCUAUAUACAGAAGUUCUUUUAAGAGCUCAAAAAUAAACUCUCAUGAAUCUUAAAAAUAAAAGAAAUAAGUAUCAGGAUUUCACAAAGACCCUGAGUGCAGAUUUCUGCAUAACUGGCAUCAGGAUGAUAUUUGACUACCCCUGCUGUGGUUCUCUUUUCUGACCCCAUUCCCAACUAGUCUUCUCUUAUUAACAGGUAAGGUAAAACCUUGCCAUGGUUUAUCUAACCCAAGAUUCUGUUUUUGAGGGUAGCCCCAGGGGAUGACUGGCUCUUAUUAAUAAUUUUUACACUUCUUGGUCAAAAUCCUGUAAGAAGUUAUUCUGUCUCUCAAAAGUAACAAAGUAAUAUACCCAUUAAAAGAAGUUGUUCUUUCUUAUUAUUUUAGAGCCUAACUGCAUUAACCUGGAGGGGUGUUUGGUUAUAGAUUCAAGAUUCUAAACUCCCCAUCAAACUUUUGUCUUUUCAUGAUGAGAGCCUCAUGAUUUAGAACUUGAGAAAACCUCUUCUUCACUACACACCAUAGCCUCAGAAAAAGAGAACUGGGACCCUGCUGUGGUCCAUAAGUCCCUCCAGAACAAAAAAUAGGAAAUCUAGUGAGGCAGACCUUUUAGUCUCUGGAAUAAAAGAAAAUUAAUGUCAGUCUUGAAGCGAAUGUAUUGCUUCAGGGGUGUUUUUUAAUCAGCACUCAAGAUCUGCACUCCUCUCAAAUUUAAGAAAUAGAAAUGGACAAGUUAGAAUAGUGAAUUUGAGUACAGAAUGAAAAUCCACACCCAAACCUAGCCUAGCUCCCCUUCAAAAGCUUUUAUAUCAAACACUGCAUGGAAUAUGUGCUUGACUUCUAAUAGAGUGGUGGUUUUAGGAAAGGAUCUAAAUUUGGCCAGAAUAACUUUGUAAAGCUUACCUUGAUGGGGGAGAACAAGGCAACUUAGCCUCUCAGAUCAAAAACUGGCACCAGCAGUUCCUGCUUCAGGCUUAUAAAUAUUAUCUUGAAAUUCUAAAAUUGAAAACCAGUCCCAAACCCACUUCUUUACAGGAAGCUUUAUGGUUAGGGCUUUCCAGUCCAGGUAUCUUUAGAAAUGGUCUGUUAUUUCUUGACAGCAUGCUUUUGUAGUCUGUGCAUGGAUGUAAUAGGCAUUUGGUAUAGUGAUAUCUUAAGUAUUGCUUGAUUCUUUCUUGAUAUCUACAAGUGGCUAGUGUACCAGUCUUCCCAGUGCGGUAUAAUAAAGAAGAUGACUACAUGAAAUGAUAGUGUCAGAUAUGUCUGAGAAAAAUAGCAAGGUUAAUUUGAGGUUAAUGCUUUCAUUUCUUUUAAGGUAAGGUAUAUUCUGCUUGCUUACACAAGAACUAUUGGCAUUUUCUUUUUUUCAUUUGAAACAAAAAUAUGAAAAACAGUUUUGGUUUUAUUUUAAGAAAUUUUUGUUUUAGCUACAAAAUAAAAUUGGCAUUUGGCUUUCUUUUUUGUCUUGUUUCGUAAAAUUCUUAAAACUCCGGGAAAUCUUUUGAUGUGAUUACUUGGUAGUUCAGCUAUAACAGACUUUAUUUCAGUAAUAACUUUAUAAUGUGUAUUCACAUAUGUUUUCAAACUUAUGCCUUAGGAAAUCAUAAGUGCUUUAAUACUGUGAUAUGUUUAUAGCUGAAUCAACCAACUAGUUAGUGGGGUCUGGUUGAUUUUUCUAGAAUAAUAUGGAGAGAUUGUGAAUUGUUCCCGACUUACCAACUGAACUUUCAUUCAUUAUCAAAGUUUGCAAAACUUCCCAAGCCCCUUAACAUUUAGCACAUUUGAGGAUGUUCGUGAUGCCGAAGAUGCUUUACAUAAUUUGGACAGAAAAUGGAUUUGUGGACGCCAAAUUGAAAUACAGUUUGCACAGGGAGAUCGAAAGACUCCAAAUCAGAUGAAAGCCAAGGAAGGGAGGAAUGUGUAUAGUUCUUCACGCUAUGAUGAUUAUGACAGAUACAGACGUUCUAGAAGCCGAAGUUAUGAAAGAAGGAGAUCAAGAAGUCGGUCCUUUGAUUACAACUAUAGACGAUCUUAUAGUCCUAGAAACAGUAGACCGACUGGAAGACCACGGCGUAGCAGAAGCCAUUCCGACAAUGAUAGAUUCAAACACCGAAAUCGAUCUUUUUCAAGAUCUAAAUCCAAUUCAAGAUCACGGUCCAAGUCCCAGCCCAAGAAAGAAAUGAAGGCUAAAUCACGUUCUAGGUCUGCAUCUCACACCAAAACUAGAGGCACCUCUAAAACAGAUUCCAAAACACAUUAUAAGUCUGGCUCAAGAUAUGAAAAGGAAUCAAGGAAAAAAGAACCACCUAGAUCCAAAUCUCAGUCAAGAUCACAGUCUAGGUCUAGGUCAAAAUCUAGAUCAAGGUCUUGGACUAGUCCUAAGUCCAGUGGCCACUGAUAGUAUAAACCAUGAUAUUUUUAGGCAUGUAUCAUUCAUUUACUCAUAGUUUGGUUUACUUAAAUUAUCAGGAAUACAAUGUUGCAAUGAUGCUUAAAAAAACACUUGUCAGUUUUCCCUGUACCAGGCAAUGGUUAUUAAAAUGAUAUGCUGUUGAGAAGCCACUCUUAAGAGUCCGGUUUGUUUAAUGUUAUGGGCAGCUACCAAUUUGUGGUGUCUCUGUAUAUUUUUGUAAAGAUUCUCAUUUUUUAUGCUUGAAGUAUUGGUGAAAAGAUGUUGGUUGACCAUAAUUUGCAACAUUGUCUUAUUAAAAAACUUUCAUAUCCAUAUUUGGUAGAACUGUUAACCUAGAAAUGUAGCUUGCUAAUAAGAUAGAAUGAUACAAAAGUGAAGUUGUAGCCACAGUACAACACUGACCAACCAGACACAUUUAGGUUCAGGGUGGACCUUUUUGUCUUGUCAGGAUGUCUAGGCCCAUGAUGAUAACUUCUGGUGCAGUGUGGAGUAGUUCUUUUGUUAACCCCACUGUCUUGGGAAAUGACGUCAGCUGGGUUAAGUAGCAUUUUCAGGGAGUUGAGUUUUUGGUUGAAACAUGGAGCCUUCACUUUUCUGGUUUCUAUGAAGAUCUGGAACCAUACAAACGUUGAAAAAACUCACUUUAAAAUUUGGACAGGUUGAUGUUGGCAGAAAUUUUAAGGGGAAAGAAUGCUCUUAUGUAGUUACUCUAAACUUUAAGGAGCAUCGUUGACCAUAAUAUUGCUUAGUUUUCUUAACUGCUGUUAAAAGCAAGUAAAGUAUUUCAAAGUAGGUUUUGUUUGCGUGUGCACAUAGUGUAAAAGGACUGAAUUUUGAUGCUUAAAGCACUUGGUGUGUGCAUUUGGAUCAAAAUUUGCCCAUCUCUUUAUGAAGGAUGCUUGUUCUUCACACCUCAGUUUCUUUAACGUGAGGCAAGUUAAAAGACAACACUCCCAUUGUAAGUGAUUCUGUGGUGCCAUGAGAUUUAAAGUAACUUUGGAAAAAAUUAAUUUUAAGAAAGUUAUAUCUCUUAAAUUUUUGAUUAUCAAUGUAGUACCUGAUAAAAAUAAGAAAAUAAUACCCUAACUCUUCAUAAUUUCUAACAUCUCUCUGUGAGAUCAUUUGGGGGCAGUAAAAAGUGACUAGACGUGUCCAAUCUCAUUUCAGAAUAAAAGCUAGAAUCUUUAAAAAUUUUAGAUUGCUUGCUUACAGGCAUAAAAGUAAGAAAUGUUGUGGGGAAAUGAUUCCUUUUAGAGGAUUACUUUUUUCAAUUUUGGUUUUAGUAAUCUAGGCCUUGCCUGUAAAGAACAAAAGGUGGUUUUCAAAUACUGUUUGUGGAAUGUGUUUAAAGGAUUGAUUCUAGAACCUUUGUAUAUUUGAUAGUAUUUCUAACUUUCAUUUCUUUACUGUUUGCAGUUAAUGUUCAUGUUCUGCUAUGCAAUCAUUUAUAUGCACGUUUCUUUAAUUUUUUUAGAUUUUCCUGGAUGUAUAGUUUAAACAACAAAAAGUCUAUUUAAAACUGUAGCAGUAGUUUGCAGUUCUAGCAAAGAGGAAAGUUGUGGGGUUAAACUUUGUAUUUUCUUUCUUAUAGAAGCUUCUAAAAAGGUAUUUUUAUAUGUUCUUUUUAACAAAUAUUGUGUACAACCUUUAAAACAUCGAUGUUUGGAUCAAAACAAGACCCAGCUUAUUUUCUGCUUGCUGUAAAUUAAGCAAACAUGCUAUAAUAAAAACAAAAUGAAGGAAAUAA